AUGUCAGUCAGAAGCAGAAAACGGAGAGGAGGAGAGGGACCCAAACGUCACCACUGUCAGCACUGUGACACAUCCUUCAAAUCAUCUGGAUAUUUAAAGAUUCAUCAGAGAGUUCAUACUGGAGAUAAUCUACACAGCUGUGAUCAAUGUGGGGCAGCUUUCACACUACAGUGUGACCUAAAAAUACAUCAAUGCAUUCACACUGGAGAGAAGCCGUACAGCUGUGAUCAAUGUGGGACAGCUUUCAAACAACAGAGUCACCUAAAAAGACAUCAACACAUUCACACUGGAGAAAAGCCGUACAGAUUUGAUCAAUGCAGCGCAGCUUUCGCAGUACAGAGUACCCUAAAAACCCAUCAACGCAUUCACACUGGAGAGAAGCCGUACAGAUGUGAUCAAUGCGGGGCAGCUUUCGCAGUACAGAGUGCCCUAAAAACCCAUCAACGUAUUCACACUGGAGAAAAGCCUUACAGCUGUGAUCAAUGUGGGGCAGCUUUCGCACGACAAAGUAACCUAAAAAACCAUCUACGCAUUCACACUGGAGAGAAGCCAUACAGCUGUGAUCAAUGUGGGGCAGCUUUCACACAACAGGAAUACCUUAAAGUACAUCAACGCAUUCACACUGGAGAGAAGCCGUACUGGUGUGAACAAUGUGGGAAAACCUUUUCUCAGAGUACUCACCUUGUAAGCCACCAACGUGUUCACACUGGAGAGAAGCCGUACUGGUGUGAACAAUGUGGGAAAACUUUUUCUCAGAGUGGUCACCUUAAAAGACACCAGAACAUUCACACUGCCUCAUGA